AUGGAAGGCGAGGCGAUUGCCCCUUUGGAGGUUGGUUUUGAGCGCUUUGAUAGGGAAGGUAAAUUGGAAUUAUCCAAAUUCAUCAGUGGAUUUGAUACUUCCCAUUCCGUAUUUGUACUUUUUAAUCUAAUUUACCUACCACUACUAGCAAAACGUCUCGCCAGGACUUGUCUGGACAGUAGUCGUGCAUGGCACUUGAAAAAAAGGGAACUGAGUGAUAAAGCCGGCAUCGAAGGCAGUAGAAUCAGUAGUCAGGGUAAAAUAAGUAAAUCGCCGAUUGUUCAAUGCCUUCUUCUGUUUAAUUAUAAAUAUGUUCCUUGGCCAAUUGGCAAUUUUAUGGUUUAUUGUUUUGGGGAACAAAAUUUUUCAUCAAUUCUGAUACAAGUGCGAGUCCUAGGCACCCGCAUAGAGAUAACAAUGCAGGGGGCCCUUGUGUCUGGUAUGGAGGUAUACAGAUAUGAAUUGCCAGUCAAAUUUAAAUGCUUAGCUGCAUUCUUUUUAGAUAAGAAGCAGGCAAUACUUAAUAUACCAACGCAUUUCUUGGAAGCAAAAGUUAUAUUUUUUUUCAAAAUGAAAAGAUUAUUUCCAAUAAAAUUGGCGUCUGGUAUGCUUGAACCACAAAAACACAACUUAUUGAAAAAUGCGAUUCUGUAUCGUGGAAGUAAGAGUAAAAAAUUUAUUAAGGACGAAAAAUGGUUUACCUGCAGAAAUACAACACCGACUUUCACAAGGGCAAACUAUUCAUCAGAGCCAUUGUGCACCUUCUUUCUUUCUUUGGUAUCUAAACAACCUCAAAGACAAAAUAAAUGCAAAUUCUAA